AUGCCAGUCAAAGUACUUCAGAUUGAAAAUGCCGAAGGUAACAUGGUAUUUAUGUAUACAAACCAGGAGAGGGAAGGUAUGGAAGUUGGAUGUGCAGGCAGGACCAUUGUUGGUCAAGGUGGUACGCCAGAAAGUGAAGAUAUUGACGUUGUUGAUGAGAGUGUGGUUGGAUGUGAUGCAGUAGUUGGUUGUGAUGCUGAGUUAGGUUGUGGUGCUGUGGUUGCAGGUGGUGAUGAUGUGGUUGGUUGUGAUGAUAUUGUACGAACAGGUGAGCUAGAAGUGGAUGUUGAAUAUAAUGUAAGGUUAGUUGAGGUUUCCGAAGAUGUUGUUGUUUGUUUUGAGAAUUAAAUGAUCAUCAGGGUGAAGCUAAUGAAACUGGUUCAAAUUCUGAAGCAAACACUAUGAAACCAAAAAAUAGGGAUAAAGGUACUUGUACCAAUAUUUGUAUUACAGUACUGUAAUUAUUGUUCUAUUAUCCACAAAUAGCCUUUAGUUAAAUAGCUAUUUCAAUUCAAUAAUCGGAUGUGAAUAUUUCUUUUCCUACUUUAAUUAAACACAUUUGGUCUUGUUUAUUUCUAGGAGACGAUAUGAAACAGACAGCACAGACAAAACAAGGACAAAAAUUAGGAUAUAUUUUGGGACUGACCGAGGAUGUGUUGCAGUUUGAUAAGGCAAGAAAAUAA